UUAAUUCUGUCUCCAUAGAGGUUGCGCGGGUUGAACAUCAACAUUCCUAGAUGCACGCGCCAGGAUGCGACAGCCGAGGUCUGGAGCCAGCCCUCAGACACAGGUUGGCCACUAUGCUUUCUGAUCUCUAAUCCUGCCUGCUCUGAACUUUAUAAACCGAAGACUCGUCCCUGAACCUAGGGUGUAGUUCUCCAGAAUUUUCGGGGUAAGGAAAGGGGGUAGCUGAGCGGAGGGAGCGGGUUGGCCCGGGCCUCAAGCCAUGGCGCCCAAGAAGAAGCGCGGGCCAAGCGCUCGCAAGCAGGUGAGCGACAAUGCAGAGGCCCCGCUCUCCGAGCGCGCGCAGUACCUGCAGCGCGAGUACUCGCUGCUCUCAGAGAAUCUAGUGGCCUGUGAGAAGCGGGUGGACCAGGUGAUGCAGGACAAUGCGUUCUUGGACCAAGAGGCGAAGCGCUUGCGCGAAGAAAACCGGCUUUACGCCAGUUAUGUGAGCGCGCACGCGCAGCGCUGCGCCAACACCAUCGUGCGCCUCGAGGACCAGAACCGCAUGGACCUGGCGCAGAUUCGGUGGCAACGAGCCGAGCUGGCGUCGCUUUACCUCGGGCGCGAGGACGGGGUGCGUGCACAGCUGCUGGAAAUGAAGAUGCGCGCGGAAAACAUGGCACAGCAGGUGCAGGAGCUGCAGCCCUACAAGGAAUUGCAGCUGGAGCAACUGGCGCGAAUCCGGACCCUGGAGCGUGAGCUGCUGCACAUGCGCGUGGAGCACACGCAGCUCCUCCACCGGGUGAAGCGACGCUUCCAGGAGGACAAGUCGGCUUUUGAGCGCGAGGCGCGCCUGCAAGUGCAGUCCCUGACCCGCCGCUCAGAGCGGGAGGCGGCGCGUGCCCUCAUUGCUCACACACAGGGCAUCAGGGCGGACAAUGGGCGUCUCCGACUUGAACUCCUGAGGCUUAUCAUCCGGGCCCAGGUACUGCAGGAUUUGAAACUACAGCUGAAAGAGCAGCGGGAGCAGCUGCGCAGGGAGCACCAAGACGUGCGGAACCUGCAGUGUGUGCACGGCUGGCUGCACCGGGGCCCCGGGGGGCCACCACUCUGGCAGCCGCCCCAAAUCCACCAUCCCAACUUGCGCAUCGGGUCACUUGCCACCGUGUUGGAAUCAUCCUAUGCAACUUUAGGCGCCCAGGCUAUAGCCCAAUCACGUGUGGCCUCCCGGGCCUCGUCGUUGGCCCAGUCAUACCGAACCUCCCUGACUCCUUCUGUAAAGUCGUUUGAGUCUUCUCAGCCCCAGUCUCGGAAGGCUGAGUCUGUGGUUGCUCUCCUGAGUCCAUCACGUCCGGGAUCCCGCCCCCCAUCCCUGACCCCCUCGCACCCGGGCUCGCGUAUCUCGUCCCUGACCAAGUCACGAAAGAGCUCCAGGGUUCCAUCCCUGGCUGUAUCGUCAGCUACUUCUGUCUUGCAGUCGCGGUCGCGCAAGAGCUCUCGGAUCUCUCCACAGCCUUCCUUGCGUGAGUUCUCUCAAGAGACUGACAUCUCUGCAAAGUCUAGCUCCAAGCUUCUCCCUGUUCUGUCGCAGGAUCGAGUCCCUCUCAGCCCACAACCGGAGGAGACAGCAAACACUGGUGAUGAUGCCACAGGUGUCUUGGGGCAAGCCUAAACCUACGGCAGCGGGGAGGCCAGUAGGACUACGAGGUGGGAGAAACAUACCCGGAAAGCUUUCUCGGUACAUAAAGAUGUUAAUAAAAAAUGUAAAAUAAAUCCCAUGAUGGCA